UAUGUUCAGCGACGUCAUUUCCGGUAAGUCUUUCAUUAAAGACGGGCCCGGCGGGAUUCCCGCGGCCUAAUUUUUUGAUUUUUCCUAGUGUCCUGAGAAUCCGUCGUCAAUCGGAGCCAUCAGAACCGCAAACAUGACUGUGGGCAAGAGCAGCAAGAUGCUGCAGCACAUUGACUUCCGCAUGAGGUGCAUCCUGCAGGAUGGCCGCAUCUUCAUCGGCACCUUCAAGGCCUUCGACAAGCACAUGAACCUCAUCCUAUGCGACUGUGACGAGUUCCGCAAGAUCAAGCCCAAGAACUCCAAGCAGCCCGAGAGGGAGGAGAAGCGAGUCCUGGGCUUGGUCCUGCUGAGGGGGGAGAACCUGGUCUCCAUGACGGUGGAGGGCCCGCCACCCAAAGACACGGGCAUUGCUCGUGUUCCUCUGGCAGGCGUGGCUGGCGGUCCCGGUGUGGGGCGGGCGGCAGGCCGCGGCGUGCCGGCCGGUGCUCCGAUGCCGCAGGCUCCUGCUGGGUUGGCGGGACCCGUGAGGGGAGUGGGCGGUCCUUCACAACAGGUGAUGACGCCGCAGGGCCGAGGCACCGUUGCUGCCGCCGCCGCGGGGGCUAGCAUCGCAGGGGCUCCCACACAGUAUCCGCCCGGACGAGGUGCCCCGCCUCCAAUGGGCCGUGGAGCACCGCCUCCUGGUAUGAUGGGUCCCCCCCCUGGCAUGCGGCCGCCAAUGGGUCCGCCCAUGGGAAUGCCCCCAGGAAGAGGGGCUCCCAUGGGCAUGCCCCCCCCAGGCAUGAGGCCUCCUCCCCCCGGCAUGAGAGGACCGCCUCCUCCCGGCCUGAGACCGCCCCCACGUCCUUAAAAGACACGCGCACUGUACAAAUGUUGCUUUUGUUUUCUUGAUGGUUUUGACACUUCGUUUUUUAAUAAAGGUGGAUGUUUGCCUCGUGCAGAGCAGAUUUAUUUCGAUGGUAA